CGGAAACAACACAGUUCAAACGAACAAAGUUAUUGUGCGUAAACUAUACAGCUGCAAGAAGAAAUUAAAUAUGGUGUACUGUGCGCAGAGGAACAGCGGCGGCUCGGGGACCCCCGACAGCCCCAAUAACAUGUCCAAGACGGAGAUCCUGAGAGGGAUCGUCACCGAGAAACUGACAACAGCCGCGCAGGAAAUCUUCGCGGUCGUGGAGAGAACCGUAGCCGGGUACGAGGAGGAGGCUUCGGGUCUGAGGCAGGAGAUCGACCGGCAGAGGAGACAGCUGGAGGCGGUGCUGCAGCCUCGGGUCAAACUAGAGAGAAGAGAAGACCUGAUCCCAGAUCCAAAGGGCCAAGAUGCUGUUGUGAGGGAAGAGGAGCACACACAGCAGUCAGGUGAGGAGGACAUUGGGAACCUGGGCCAACUUUGGUACGAUGAUGAUGAAGAGGGUGAUGUUGACAAUGAAGAGCAGCAGCUGUCAGCGCAACUAGCAACCAGCUUAAAAGAAGAUCUUAAGGACCCCGAUUAUCAAUUAGAAUCAAGACAUUCGUCUGUGAGGAGGAAGCCUGGCAGACCAAGCCUCCGAGAAGAACCGGAUCACCACCUGCUCAGAGUCUGCGUACUGGAGGAUUCCCAGUCAGAUGUUCUUUCAAAAAAUGUGUUUCAGAAAUAUCCGGUUCAGGAGCUGCAGUGUCCUCGUGGCCUACAGGAGGCGGACUUCCUGGACCUGCUGAGGUCCACCUUCCCUCAGCUGGCAGGAGACAACAAACCUUUUGACGUCUUCAAGUCCAACAGAAGCAGGAGGCUCCAGCGGCUCAAAGUAAAGACGCUGACACCAGAGGAGAUCUUCAGGAGCAUCAGGCUCACCGGAGCAGGAUACUCAGCCCUCUACAUCCGACUGAAGCAGACAGGAGAUGAGGAAGAGGAGGAGGAGCUUCGCCUUUUACAGAGAAACAACACCACCACUGAGUCCUCGUCCACUGCCGCCGUGGUGAUAAAAAGCAAUGAAGCCGGGCUCAGCUCAAGCUGCCCUGUUCAACAUGUGGAAGGUGACAAAGUUGAUGUUCAGUCCAGCAGCUCAAUAUCACAACAACAGGAUAUAGAAACAGAGGAAGCUGAUGAUGAAAAUGCUGCCGAGAGCCAAGUGGACUCCAGUGAUGAUGCAGACAAAGAUGGAGAUGAGGUGUUCAACGGAGACGACGACUGGAAACCAGAUCCUGAGCUGCAGUCGCCAAAGAAGAGGAGGAAGAAAGAGUCCAAAUUGUCUGAUGUGAAGGGGCAGUUGAUUGGGAGCAGUAAAACGCCCUGUAAAGUCUGUGGAGUUUGGUACAGGAACAUGGGCAGUUUGAUCAAUCACGCCUGGAGUCACGUGGAGGAUCCACAGCUUGUUUGUGGAGUGUGUGGAGAGCAGUUUGAAUCUGUGGAAGAGUUAAAGGGACAUUUCAGAAAUGAUCAUAAAACUCACGACUGUUCAUAUUGUGGGAAAUCUUUCCUCACCAUCAGUAGCCUCAACUCCCACACCACUCUACACACAGGAGACAGACCGUUUAAAUGUGACGUUUGCCACAAAACCUUUGCUAAGUUUUCCACCUUGAAUGCUCACCGUUGGGUCCACGUGGCUGAUAAACCACACAAGUGUGAUAUUUGCCUGAAGGCAUUUGGUCUAAAGACACAGCUCAAAGCUCACAUCAAGAUGCACGCAGGUAGAGACAAGUACCACUGCAAUGUUUGUGGUAAAUCUUUGACCAACCGGCGAUCUUUAACUCGCCACAAGACGACCCACUCGGGGGAGAGACGUUACGGCUGUGAGGUUUGUGGGAAGCGUUUUAAACUUCCCAGUGGGUUGAAGUCGCACGAGAAGAUCCACACCUCCAGAGACCGGCCGUACCUCUGCCACAUCUGCUGCAAGACGUUUGUGGAAAACAGCAGUUUAAAAACUCACAUGAUAACGCACAGCAAUGAGAGGCCGUUCAUCUGCAGCAUAUGUAGCAAAGGCUUCGUAUCCAACGCAAGGCUGAACCUGCACAUGCGUGCGCACUCCGGUGAGGCGCCGUACAGCUGCUCAGAGUGCGGCCGCUUGUUUAAACACAAGUCCCACCUAAACGACCAUGUGAGGACCCACCUGGGCAUCAAGCGGUUUGUCUGUGGGGUUUGUGGGAAAGCGAGCUCUCGCCAAGAACACCUGAAGGUCCACAUGAGGACCCACAACGGAGAGAAACCUUACCAGUGCAGCGUCUGCGACAAAGCUUUCACUCAGAGCCACUGUCUGAAAACACACAUGAAGAGCCACCAGGGGAAGAAAACCCGGUUCUGAACGCAUCCACGUCCUAAAAGACUCAUUUUAUCAGCCUGUUCUGUCUAAAACGUGGCGAUGGAGGUUGUUUUGAUGGCGCUGAAAACCACAUCUGUCCUUCAUUCUUUUGUGAUGCUGACGGAAAUGUGUCCACAACACAGAAAUAAUGAACAUCAAACGUCUGCUCAGAUUUGUAAACUUCUUCAGUCCUUCUUUGAACACACAUUGUGGUGGCCCCAGGGCCUCUGCCAGGGUGUUUCUGUGUGUCUGUGUUGCAGGGUGAACUUCCUGGUGGAGUGGAGCUGAGGCUAUCCGGCAGAUCAGAGGCAGCUGGCCACUGUCUCCAGAUUGCAUAUAAUCCACCCCUUCCUGACUGAUGUGGGGCUCGACUGCUUGCUUUCUCCUGGUCCCCAGCACCACGGCAUGUUGCCUUGUUGCUCCUUUGUUUGUUUAAGUUAACCCGGCAUUAUGUUUUGCAACUUAAAUAAAUUUUCUGGUAAUCCUCUAUUUGCUGUGGUCUCUGAGCCGGGCCAUAACAAAUUGGGGGCUCGUCAAAGUCAUGAAUUAUGCUGUUAACAGUGGUUAAUUAAUGUAUUGUUGACCGUUAAAACGAUGAGUAGGAGCGUGUUGUAAAUCCGUGCCUUCCCUAGAUGCCGACAGGGGGGUGAUGCAGUAAAUUGGGGUUUGCCCAGGUGGUCUAGUCUGGGAUUCUCUUUAUUCCGCUCUUCUUCUUUUUUUUUUUGUGUGGAAACCUACGUAGGGGAAUUAACAAGGUGUAAUUUGGUGCUAUGGGGUGAUGGAAUCGUUAGUGCAAAUUAGUUUCUCUCUGCAGAAUAGUCACGGGACAAGGAAGGUAAGUGUUGACCUUUUUUUUGCGCAAAUGUAUAUAUUGAGCUAACUCCCCUGUAUGCAGAGCACGUUUUCCCUCUUUGUGAUUCGUGUCAAUGUGAAUGUAGUGCGGGGUGAAAGUGGUUGGAGCGGUUGUCUCGUACAUUGCCAGCUUGCUGGUCGCUUGGCCAAACUACUGGGUUUUGGUGCGUAAAUACCCGCCGCCAGAAACUCCUGCAGACCAGGGUUGAGUUAUGUAGAUGGAGUUAUGCAGUUCAGAGGGGACGCUCAAUUUAUGAGGUUACUCUGUGGCCUUGUUGCGCACUAGUUAGGUCAAUACUAUACAUUCUUUUGUUUACCAUGGACUGAUUGCUGUUUGUGCAUUGAUCAGGUGAUGUUAAUCAUGGCAGGAGUAGAUUAUUUCAUUGACAUUCCUUCGGAGGAAUUUUUGUACUAGGGAUCAGUUGUUAAAGAUAGCAGAUAAUUAUAAAAUCAGCGUAGGCGUCAGGAGGUUAUAGGAAAAUGUUAGGUCUAUUAUAAGGGCACAUUUACAUGACAUGGGUGUAACACCUGUACAAAAAUCGCACAGUCCUACUAAUUUGGAUUUGGAUGGUUUUUCUCAGGAUGUGUCUCCUCCAUGUAGCUUUAAAUUAUGAACAGCAGAAAGAAAUGUUGAUUUUGAGGAUGAAGUCAGAGUUGGAAAAGAUGCGGCAGCAAGCAGCAUAAGUUGAGAAAGCAUUGCCUGUAGAACAAAUGAGGAAGCAAACAGAAAGGGCAAAGUUAGAUCCAGAAAGUGAAAGACUGAGGUUGAUUAAAGAAGGUAAAUUAUGUGACUUCUCAAGGAAUGAAGAGUUUGCUCGGGGCAGCGAUAUUUUAAAUAGUUUGCGCUUGGUGCCUAAAUUUAGUGAGAAGGACGUUAAUGUAUUCUUCACUUUUAGCGUGUUGCAGACGCGAGGGGCUGCGUUGUUUCUGACUGUAUAGUUUUGCUACAAUGUCUGUAUGUUUGUUAUAUUUGUUAAAUUACUUUUGUUAAUAAACAUCCUUUUCUGGUAA